CAUAAAUCCACGUACUUUGAUUACUCAUCAACUGUGGGUACUGCGUGCACCUGUCGUUCAGUCGGGGGUAUUACAUACGGCACCACGACCGUUAAUAAUUACAUGACGUAGCCAUCAGGACGUCGUGAUAUAGGUCCUGAUGCCCCACCUACGCACCAGUUGCUGAUUGGCGUUACGCAGGUAUCCAGCCGCUGCUCCCAAAGACCGAACGGCUCCUUCAUCCUCCGUGCACUCACUGCGGGAUCUCUCCACAUCCACUGCACUCCGCACCAGGGCGCACACAGCCGACUCUGUUACCACAGUACCUGCUCCACAGAAAUAAGGUGGUGCUGGAAAAAUGAGGAGAGGUUUUCUGCUGGUGACUCUGGUCCUCGUCGUCAAACUUCGCUGCGGCCAGUCCAGAUGCGAGGAGGCAGAGUCGAGCAGAUCGACUUCAGAUCACAGCACUGGUUUGGAGAAAAUCAAGAGGAGUAUUUUGAAGAGGUAUAACGAUUGGGAUUAUGACAGCUUUGUGGGUCUGAUGGGCAGAAGGAACACGGAUGAAAACAAUCUUCAGUCACAACAAAAAAGGGAAAUGCACGACAUUUUUGUUGGACUUAUGGGAAGGAGAAGUUCAGAGUCAGAUAAUGGUCCCUGGAGGAGAGCGUAUCCAGAGAGGAGAGGUAUUUCUCUGCACAAGUGCAAACUGAGGUUUCUUCAAGGUCUGUAGAAAAACCAACAACAUCGACUGUCAAAGACCGACCCAGAAAAACAACCGAAGGAGUUCAUGUCCACGGAAACCAAUAAAAACCACGCGAUUCCCACCUGGGCGCCGUCACCUGACUUCAUGAAGUGACCAUAAACUACAUGGAUUGUAUUUGAUUCAUAUGUAAAGACGAAACACAAGUAGAUGUGAGACCUAUUUGUUGGAUUUUGUUGAAAUAAAGAGACUUUUUAUACAUCACUUAUUCAUUCAAACAUCUCCCUUCACAGCAGUGGUUUCUGGGUGAUUUUCAGCUUUGGUGUAGAUGUACACACCAUCUCGUCUGUUACAGUAUUUACUGUUGCCAGGCAUAAAAGGGAGGGUCGUCCUGACUCUUUUUUUUCUUUACAAAUUGAUAUGUGUAUUUUCAGUUCAGUGUAUUCGCCGGUACCGAGUAACGUCGCUGAUACAUCUUCAGCUGAGUUUCAUUAAAUAUGUAAUAAACUGAAGGCAGUGUUAUAGAUGUGACGCUGCUCUGGGAAAUAACAGUGACAUGAGCGUAGGUGUUAGCUCAACCCAGACCAGAGUUAUGACACCGAGGAGGAAAACAUUAACAGCCAGUUUUAUUUUAUUUUCGUAAACACAAGGCUGAUUCUGUCCAAAUAAACAAAUCUCUAUGAAUUAAACGAAAAAGUUUUCAAAUUAAUAUGAGACAAUAAAUCAAUGCAACAAGAUUAUAAAUCAACUUUUUUUUUUAAUUCAACUUUCUGAACCGUUGACACAGUCAGCUAAACAGAAAGUGAUCCGAGCUUUGGGACCAAUAGCACAUUCCCAAUGUCAACACAGUCUCCUGUUUUCCAGGCAGGUGUCACUUAAACUGAAGGACUAUUUUUAUGUAACAGUAAACAAAUGAAAACACACAAUGUUGGUCAAAUAAGUCUCAAAAACAGUCAUUUAGUGAG